AUGGAACUCAACAAAGUCACCACUUUCCUGUCUGGAACUUUCUCUUGGAUAUCCAAUUCUUCUCAGCUUGCCGCAGGCGCGGCUCAUCUUUCGUCCCGCAUCCGCCAGCUCCUCUCGCGGAAUGCUGGUCACGGCCUCACAGUCCAAGAACAGAGAGUGCUUCUCGUGAUUGAACGGCAGAUCGACAGCCUCAUUCAUCCGCUGCAGUACUGUGUCUUCUGGGCCCGCCACCGGCACUCCGCAAUUCACUCGACUGUGCACCAUGUCCAGGAAAUCCUCCUUUCUGUCUUCAUCUUCAUUCAGCCGUUUCUCGAUGGCUCACUCCAGCAGCAUGCAGCGGGCGAGACCCAGGGGGCGUCUUCGGGAGUAUCCCUGACGCCGCGCGUGGGGCCAUGCGCUUCUUUUUCGCACUCGGCGGCCAGUCCUUCUUCGAAUUUAGGAGCCUCUCUCUCCUCUGGGUCAAGUGGGGCGCGGAGUCAGGUGUACGCGGACCUGCAGUACUGUAGCAGCGAGCUCACCGUCGCCUACUCCCUCUUGAACACAGCUCUCAACUUCAUUCACUUUGUGGAAUCCCCGGCCAGGUCGUGCCCCUCCUGCCUGGAGCGCGCGGCGUUUGGCUGCUCGCCGGCGACCUCUCUCCCCGGCGACGCGCGCGUGUCUUUUCUUUUCGAGGCAGCGAGAGCGAAUCCGCUCGCCCCGCCUCCCUGUCCUUCCGCACCGCACGCUGCAGAGACCGAGACGCAGAGUUCCUCUCACGCACAGGCGGCGCCCCAGGGACGGCGGGAAGGCGACCACCACGGCCUGUCGCGGGAUCUCCGCAUCGAAAAAACGCGCUGUCUCCCUGGGGCGUUUGAAGGCGCCGAAUACGAGAAUCCUGCGCUCUGUGUUCAGCGGCGCCACCCGUCUGGCGCCGACGCGGAUCCAGCGUGCCCGUCAUCUGCUUCGCAGACGGAAUGCAGCUCACUGGGCAGAUUCUCCUUCGGGGCAGCUGUGGUGUCUUCGGAACGCUGGGGGGGCCCACGCGACUCAGAGAUACCGCUCUCCAGUCGAGAUCUCUUCGCGGGCGCGUCGUCGCCUUUCGCCUCUGGGGACUGGCGAGCGCCCCCUGCGGCCUGUCUCCCGCACUCGCAACUGGUAGGAUCAGUGGCGGGCGUGCCGCGGCCGCUGGCGCAGACGCGGUUUUCGCCCGCAGCGCUGCUGCGCGCGAGUCGGAAGUUGCAGGAGGCUCGCCUCACAAACAGGCGUGGAGACUUGUGCAUGAGCCUGGGUCGCCUCUACUUCCGCGUCGUGACGCAGACGCUGCUGCCUUCUUCUCUGCUUCAACUCACCUCCCCUCCUUGUUGCCCUGCUGAGUUCCCGUUCCUCGCCCCAGUUCUGCCCCGCGGUGGACUCGGUGCAGGGUCUGAUCGCUUCGGCCAGCCGGCGGGCGAAUCCCCGCCGCCCCGCGGGGUUCGACCAUGUGGGGCAGGGCAAAGCGUCGACCCCGCAGGCCUUGAGUGGUUCUACGGCCGGCCUCAAGCCUCCACCGGGGGCGAUGCAGACUGCUUUACAGGCGUAUCCGGUGUCUCCUCUCCGUUUCCUCACGGGCAGAGUCCCCCACGCGAUCUGGAAGCCUACAGCGCGCACGCGACCGCGUUCGCAGGGCCAGGGGCGCGGUCGAGGGCCCGCGCGGGGCACUCGCCCCUCCGCCAAUGGGUGACCUGCAGCAUCAGCGACUGGAGUCUGCUCCACCCUGUUGCGCUGCUGCGUAUCGUGAAGAAUGCACAUGAGGCUGUGCGAGGAGGCCGGGUUGAAGGCCCGGUCUCGCGGGGCUGGCAGGGAGGCACGCAGCAUUCCGGGAUGGAGCAAGCCACGUCCAUGUGCGUGGAGUCUCUGCGCCCUCCCGAAAAGAUUGGAGGGCCGGGCUCCUCGUCGACGAUAGGCAUCGCGAGCCCGUGGAGCAAGGCAGGCUUCGGGCCAGGCCUCGCCCCUUCAGGGGCCUUCGGCGCUUUCGGCGCGAACGGCCCCUCGUGCGGCGCGCGCACAGAGGCGCUGCUGUGGGGAGCCCACGGAGGUCUCGAUGGGGCAACAGAUGGAGUCAGCGGGCCGUUCGGGGGUUCCUGGUCUGGUGUGCGUUUGUCAGAGACGGGGGGGCUGAGAGGCCCGGACGGUCUGCCGCCCCCCGGGACGCGGUUUGCCGGGGCUGGGGGCGCGUGGAAUUCCAUGGCUGGGUGCGAGAAAGCUGGGGGGAGAGCGGCGGAGAAAAAGGGCAGACGGCUGGACAGAGAUGACCCCCUUCGUGGUGAGCGCUUUGAUUACGGGUUCAGCGUCUCCAUGGGCAUGUAUCAAGCGGAGGAGGACAGCAGUCACGACCCCGACAUCGUCUACGUUCCCGAUCCUGAGCAAAUCGACGAGACUCUUCUUGGGAUGCCCCCGGUGAGAACGCCAUGUGCCUCAGAGCUCCAGACGGCGUCCUCCUACGCCCCUACAAGGGGCGCAGAAGGCUCCUACAGUCACACCCGGGAAUAUGCCUGCUACGGGCCUGGAGACGACCUGUGCAGAUUCUCCGCAUGCAGCGGACUGACAGAAAGUGCCUUCUGUGCCAGCGGGCCGGGCCACCAGCCGCUGCAGGCGCACCAGCCUUCAGGACGAAGAGAUGAAGGUUUGGACUGGAACCAGAGUGCCGACCCGACAGCGUUUGGGGUCUGUAUGCGGUCGGCUGGGGAGAUGCACAAGAGAGACGACUUUUACGGAGGGGAGGGGCACCCGCGGGGUGUCGGGCGGCCGUCUCCGGGGCAUGCGGGGCCCGGGGUCGGAGGCGAUGGCGAUUGGGAGCCGCUGAAGGCUGGAGUGCAGAGACAGGAAUCCAGAAAUCCCGGUGGGGGUCUGUCGGACGUUGAGGAGCUUCGUACGCGUCAGGCGCUCUGGUACCCGGGAGAGACGCUCCCUUUGUCCUCGGAGCGCCGGCUCGACCGGGGGCCGCCUCGCCCGCCCACGCAUGCCGAGGACCCGUGCACGCCGGCCGGUGGAGCCUCUGUCGCCCAACCACCGGAUGCGGGGACCCGGGCAAGAAGUCCACACGCCCCACCUGUGUCUGGCGUCAGUUCUGAAGCGUGCGGCGCCAGGGUGGCCUCCGCUGGCGGGGGCCAGCAGCUGGACGUGGAGUCUCGUGCCUCUCAUUGUGUGUCCAUGCACUCUGACGGGCUCCCUUCGCAGCCCGCAUCUGGCUUCAUGGUCCCCCGGUCGCAGCCUCCGUGCGUGAAAACGGCGCCGGCGAGCCCCGGUCGGGCCGAAGGGGACGGGGCCUUCUGUUGGGGCCUGUGGGUCGGGGACGAGGCCGAGGCAGCUGCCAGGUCUCAGGCCCGCGGGUCGCGUGGCUCCUUUGCCGAGGCAACUCCCCUCUUCACCGGUAGAGCUGGUCCCUGCGAGCCGCGAGCGUUCAGCGUUGCCGCGGCUCCCCCUGAGUCCGGCGUCGAACGCCCCCAGGGGAAGGACAGCUGCGGCGAGGCCGGCGGAUGUACCUGCUGUGGAGGGGGGGCUGCGGACGACCGUGGAGGACCCCGUUCGUCGCUUCCUCUCUCCUUCCCACCUCUUGCGCUGUCUCGCAGCAUGCCUGCGUUCAUCCCUCCUGCGUUGGCUGCUGCGAUCUCGUGUCGCCGACUCAGCUUCCCGACGACAGUGUGCCUCGGCGCGCGGCUGACCUCGCAGAGUCGACUGGGGCUGCCAGCGCCGCUCUUCUCGCCUGCUUCUUUGUCUGCGAAUGCCCCCGUGCCCAGCUCUGUCAGCGCCGGCGGCUGGAGCUCUUUCGGCGGUAGCCCGUGCCUCGGCGACACGCGACGACAGCUGCAGGAUCUCCGCCCCCUCGUCUUUUCUCCCGACUUGCCCGCCAUGCUGUGGACCUGGACUUUCCCUGCGGCGCACGCCGUGCCGCUGCGGACCACCGGACUUCUCCCGCAACUCAGGCAACGUCUGGCGCAUCUGCGGCACCUGCAGCACAUCUUAUUCCAGCGUUCGUCCUGGCCGCCUCGGCGGAUGCAUGAUCGCGGCGCGGCGGCGGAGGGCUCCUCAGGCCCGCAGGACGAGGGUAGAAGGAGCCACACGGACUGGUCGUGCCCCCCACGACCUCAGGGGGCCUCUGCGCCUUUCCCCUGGCACAGAGGCGAGGACGCCAAAGGAGAGGCCGCGGCGACCUCGCGCGCAGGCGGAAAAGGCGGAGGCAGCAUAGGGGCGGCGGGGGAGGCCGCAGCAGCUCAGAGCGAGGCGGAGAGCCGAGAGCUCGGUGCCAGGGCCUGCGACGACACCCGGCGCGGCGGAGGCGGGGACAGUCUCGGCGACUUAGAGGCAUCAGGUAUUCAGCGGGAAGUCGAAGCAGAAGAAGAGGAGACGAAAGCGGCGGUCCCCUCACAUCGGCAGGAAGCAGGCCCUGCAGAGCGGCACACUUCGCGAGGAGACGAGGAGGCGGUGCAGCCGGUUCCUGUGGAGGGAACUUUGGCAGGUCCGCAAUUGUCCCCCGCACCCCCUCGUCCAGUAUCGUCAUCUCAAAUUGAUAACGCGAACCCAGUGAGUGAGAAGCACAGAAAAGAGUACACUCUAAAAAGUGACGUUUUGACGUCUCCAAGCAGAGGCGCAGGCGAUGCUACAACUGGCGCUGCGCCGCCGUCGCCGGCUCCCUGCGUCAAGCAGGAAGCGCCGUCGCUGGCAAAGGGGAGAAGAGGAAAGAAGAAGAAACACAGGGGACAGAGCGAGGCGGCGGCGGACACUGUCUCAACAUCGCAGAAAGACAGUGAAGAGGACGUGCGAGGUGGACUCGCUCCUCCUUCUUCUCCGAGACCAGAAAGAGAGAAAACUGGGGCGGGAGCUCUGCGCCCAGAUGCUCCGCGAGCGAACGAGAAAGACCCGAAGGCCUCAGGGCAGCAAGAACGACACGGUGACUGCGACGGUCCGUCCGCAGCGUCGCUGACUGCAGAGCUGGGGGCCGGCGGCGCGGGCGUGUCUGCAGCUCAAGAGCAAGAGAUCCGAGGGACAGGGCCUUCGACUGCGGCAAUGGAGGGACAUGGGCAGCGAGACUCGCGAGUUGUCUCUGGAGUCGCGUCCGUCGACGCCAGAGACGCCUCCGGUUCGUCCAGCAGCCCAGAGCAGGACGCGAGGAGCUCAUUAGCCGAGCUGAGGAGGGAGAAGAGCGGUCCUGACCGCAGCCCCCGUCACCCCGCUCACCCCGAAAACGGGCCUCCUUCCGACCGUCGGCGGGAGUCUCUCGCUUGUGGAGGAGGAGGAGACGCGGACGGUCCCAGCGCGCGGACGUGUGGGGGGCUGCCCAGGGUCUCCGGUGGCCGUCUCCAGCCGCAUCCCCAUCACUGGGGCGUGGGCCCGAACGACGAGCAGAUGGGGGUCUUCAGGCCCCGACACAUGCAACAGCCCAACGGCCUGUCUCCUCGCCGCGAGGACGGUUUCCCGGACGGACCCGGGCGGGAUCUGCCGGAGCUCGACGGCGACACGCUGGUCCAACAGAGGUUUAUUGUGCACUACGCUUUUCUCUUCGAUCCGGGGGCACUGGACUCCGAUCCUGAAUCCAUAGCACAUGCAGGGACGACCAACACACGGCGCCACGGCCGCGACGGCUUGGGCGGCAUGAGCAGCAGCGAAGAUCAGCUUACGGCCCUCGAGUUUCUUUACUUUGGCCGCCUGUGCGUGAUCGAUGGAGGCUUUCAGGCGGAGGACAGCGCCGCGGGUGGCGUGGGCGUCUCCGGAGCCCCCGCCAGCGAGCUGGGGGCGAGUCUGCUGCAGUCCGGGCACACAGAAGCCACAGACGAGCUGCUUGCAGAACUUCUCAAGAACGUCUUUCUCGACGCGAGCUAA